AUGUUUGGUUCCCAAAAGAAAGAGGAAGUGAAGCGCGCUGAGACAGCAGUUGAUGCAAAUGUGGUCAAAGCAAAUGAAGCCCUGACCAAUUCAGCAGUUGCGAGAAAACUGCCUAAAAAAGUUAAGAAUCUUGGAACAGAAGAUCUUCUGAAGUUUGCUGCUGUGGUGAAAGUGUGCUAUUUCUUUCCGCUUUUUGUCGCCUGUGAUUUGGUGGCCACUUCAAGAAGCGACAACUGGUUCAUCAAGUUCUUCUCCAAGUUCGCAACGUGGAUAUGCUACGUUGUGUUCAUUGAUUUCGUCAAUUACGGAAUAUACUUCCUAGAAUUGUACGACAUGAAAGGAAUAUGCUAUAUCACAACAUUCAUCAAACAGGCCAUAUCAGCACUCUUCUUGCUUGCAAUGUUCUUCACAUUGUCAGGUUUGAUUGCCAAAGUAUCCAUCAUUUUCAUGGCAUGUGGUUCACUGUAUGUUGAUGCAGUAUUUCUCUUAUAUUUGGACAUUUAUUUCAAGGAACUUACUGGAGAUGACAUGCUGAAUCCAUAG